AUGGCGUCCCAAGACUUCGUCAGGGCCAUGACCAACCGAUCCGUCCGCACUGUCCGAUUAGAACUUGAGUUCCUCGCAGAUGCCUCAGUCAUUACUCCACAACAACUCUCCUCGAUCCUCUCUCAACUACCGUCGGAGAACGACCGUUCAGUUUCCGCGCCUCGACAACAGCUUCCGUCGCCACCGGUCGUUGCUCCAGUUCAGGCUCAGCCUGCUCCUGCUCCUGCUCCUUAUUCGCCUCCAACAACUCAAUUCACCAAUACCUCGUUGAACGAGAAAGCAAAUUAUCAGCCACCACCCACACCGCAGCAAUACGCCAACCCGACCCCUCCCCCGCCGGCUUAUCCCCAAGUUCCGCCCGUCCUAUCCAUUGCUUCCGCGCUCUACGCUUAUACUCCAACGGACCCCGGGUGGCGCGGACGUAACGAGCGGACCAACCUCGAGGGUAUCUUCCCUCGUAGCUACGUCAAUGUGAUCCAGGAUAAGGGGAUUUCUUCGCCGCCUCCCUCUGGUUAUGGAAACAUGCCUCUCGAAGUCAGUCAGAGCGGCGCCCCAGCUAAUCCGGAGGACAAUAAGGGCAAUAAAUUUGAGGAGCAUGGCAAGAAAUUUGGCAAGAAGAUGGGUAACGCUGCAAUCUUCGGUGCCGGUGCUACUAUUGGUUCCAACAUUUCACCUCUUAUCACCCUCUUCGGAGAACGUCCAACAAAGCAAUUUCUUUCAGAGUCAAUCAGUAUCUUGGAUAAUUUCAUCUUCGCCGUAUGUCCAUUAGGCAUUCUAACCGCCGUGGUCUCUGUCAUUCGGGUCUGCGGGAAAUCAUCACUACGGGCAUUUGUCGGACGGGCACAGGAAGGUCCCGGGGAUGUAGAGAAGGAGCUGCUAUCCUGCGUUUCGGAUAUCACUGCUGAAAUAUUCAAUGAAGGGGGUAUAUCUCGAGUGAUUGGUAGGCCUCGGAUCCUGGAGCUAAUGGUAUGGGAGGAAGACGACGAGUCUGAGGGGAAAAAUGGUGCAAGGAAAAUCGGGACUCUGCGAGAUGCACUGCAGCAAAAUGCCUGGGUUACAGCUAAUGGAUAUGAGAUUCUUGAUGAGAAGGGUCAUCCACCGGAACUUGAUAUCCCCAAUCUCUCUCUGAAUAAGGGGAUUGAAAGGAGAAGUCAGUGGUGGUUUUACACAGCUGCGGUGCUGGGCUUCAUGUUGCAAGCAGGUGUUAUUGUGUAUUCGGGAAUCACUGUUUUUCUCUACCCAGAAGAUUUCCAGGACGACGAACCAGUGUCAAGUUAUGCAUUUCCGCUUUUUCUGUUCGGGACCAUAUUCCUCUGCGCAGGGAUGUUUCUCUGUGCCUUUAUGAUUGAACGCUCAUCGAUCCAGUACUAUCUGCAUCCGACGAAACCAAGUAAAAUAUACUGGUUGCAACCCGGCAAACAAGAUGUUGGCCAUCAGACCUUUGGUGCAUUUCUAGGAGUCACUGAGGGGCCGGGAUCUCAGGCAACUCAAGAUCUUACAUAUAUAAAAUCGAUACGAGGGCAGGGGUAUAAUAGCAAAGGCCCUAUGCUCGUUUUCACUAUAGUAAUCACAAUGGUAGGGUUUGUGGUUCAGUUUAUUGGGCUUCGAGACCUGCACGCCUCCGUUAUCCUGGCACAGAUGGGUUCUACACUGUUGAUGACUAUUGUUCGAACAUGUCUUCGAACUAAGAGAAUUAGCUCCAAUGAGAAUCAACUUCAGCAGAAGGAACGCCAGUUGACAUCUUCUAAAAAUCAAGAGUUGGAUAGCUUCGCGUUUUUCCUUGAGGAUGUGGAAUCAUUUAGUCUGAUAUCCACAGUAGCCAGUGGUCCGCUGUCCUCCCAGUCAAGCUCAUCUUCACCGGGCUCAUCAAUCGGGAGUUCUAUGCAAAUGAUAAAUCCGGGAACUCAGCUUAUACAGCUGAGAACUCGACUUGCGGAGUUGACAUCCAACGCUGGUGACAGUCCUGAUAGGGCUUGGGAUAAUCUGCCCAUCCGAAAGGUUGCUCAGAACCUAGCGCAAACGAUCGAAACGACCAUGGAUUUGAUUUCAAGUUGGAAAGAUGCCACCGGUGACGUAGACAGUUUUGAACUGUCAUUUGUGUGCCAGUCGCGCAAGAAGUUCAUUGCUCCCAAGGUGGAAACCUAUGCCAUCAUGCUGGAGCGGUCAGACGAUACAUUACAAUGGCACGUUGGUGGCAACGAGCUAGAGGCAAUUCUUGGAUUGCGGACGUGGUCUCUGUUACGGUCCAAUUCAAGUUGGCUCCAUAAUAGGUUCGUUCGUCUUGUAGGAUUAAGUGAGUCAGAAGCCAAGGCAGAAGAGACUGAUCUUUACUUCCACAAAUGGAUCUUUCGGCACACAGAGGCACGAAUGGCCUCGUCUAAAAUGAUAUCAUUUCCUCAGCAGAUGUUUGGAUACUAUUCAGAUGAAUACUCCGGCGACAAGGACAUCCUCGUGGUGAAAACUGAGAAUGAGCUAGAACUCAUGGUUGCCCAAGAUAUGUAUAUCCACUUUCUCGCCAGCGCGUUGAAAGGGUUGAAGGAGAUCCGGGGGGAUAUCCACCUACUUCCCGCUUCGCAAAAUGGAUUUUUGGCCCACAGUGAUCGUCUAGAUGAGCUUGUCAACUGUUUCGAAUCCAGUGAAAUGGGCUCAAGGGAGGAUGCAUUGCUAUGCAUAGUCCCAGUGUUGAGACACCAUGGCCUUCUACCCAAACUGGCCGCGGACUCCAAAAUGAUGAGAGUGCAUGCGGAAGAAUUUAUAGUAAGUGGGAACUGGCCCGAAGCCUUCGCAAUGAUACGCUGGUUCUGUGAGCGCUGUGAAGGAGAGGAGUUUGAGCAUUCUAUAUUCGAACUGGGCUAUCUUUGCCGUCGGGCCAUGGUCCACACUGAGCCCAAUGUCCAGUCGAAUGGAUUCAGACAUGUGUCUCUUGCCCUAGAAGGCGAUCCGAGGGUAAAGUUUCUGCAAAAUGCAAAGAUUCCUCGUCGUGGGCAUUGGAUGGACAACCGGUCUGAGCACUGGGAAGAGUUUUGCUUACAGUUGGGGUGGAUGGCAUGGCAUAUCGCUCAAAAACACUGCGAUAAACAAUCUCUACAGGGAACAUUGUACGCAUUUGAAAUCCAUGAGCAUUCCGUCCCACCAGCUCGAGUUAAUAGUAGUGAUGACCAGGGAAGACAAGGAGAGCAAAUCGUGCUCGAGUGGUUGACUAACGGCGACGAGAAGCUUUUCGCCCGUGAACUCCCAGGUAUAGAAGACCGCCUGGCACUGGACUGGGUAUGUCAGAACGGCCACCAUGCAUUGAUGAAUUGGCUUAUUGCAAGAUGGGUCCAAUUCGAAGAGCGGUUUCCCGGAUUUAUUUACAGUGUUCUUCUGUGGGCUGCAGAAGGACAAUAUCGACAUGCGAUUGCCUCCCUCCGUCGCCGAGGAGUAAACAUCGAUAUGCAAGACUCUCGGGAUGGUAUAACCGCGUUGAUCAACAAGAUUGUAGUCGGUGAUCGGACGGCAGUAUGUGAACUACUCGAGGCAGGGGCUGAUGUGAACGGGAGGGAUACCAAAGGAGCAACCCCCUUGAUGACGGCCAGCCAUAUAGGAGAUAUGGAAACCGUCUCGCUGCUUCUACGCAAGGGAGCCAGCAUCAAUGCCCAAGACCAUGGCGGACUCAGUCCUUUGAUAUGGUCAACCGCUGGGAACUAUGUGACCAUUGCUCAGACUCUCCUGGAGCAUGGGUCACAUGUCAACCUGGGCAGCUUUGGCGGGAAUACGCCAUUGAUCUCAGCUGCUGCAGAGAACCACGUUGAGAUGGUGAGACUUUUCCUCUCUCAAGGAGCUCAUGUGAAUGCACAGACGGGAGACGGUUGUACAGCCCUGAUGCUGGCUGCUCGCAAUCAUUGCACCGAGGCCAUGAAGGUGCUCCUGGAUCAUGGAGCCGAUAUCAAUAGUCGCAACAGGGGAGGCCGGACCGCUCUUGACUUGGCACGCGAGGUGUACCACUUGGAGGGCGUACAACUCCUGGAAUCGGCACUGGAGGACGAGUCGCGAUCGAUGGUACAGAGCGCUACAGAGUCUUAG